AUGGAAGAAAUAAAAAAUACUCUUAAUUCUUGGUCUGCUGAAAAAGAAAAGAUACUUCUUGAGCCUUUUAAUUAUCUUUUAGCAUAUCCUGGUAAAGAAAUUAGAACUAAAUUAAUCGAUGCAUUUGAUUAUUGGCUUAAGGUUCCAAAAGAUCAAUUAAAAAUUAUAGCAAAGUUGGUAGAAAUGUUGCAUACUGCCAGUCUUUUAAUUGAUGAUGUUGAAGACGAUUCUACUUUACGACGAGGAGUUCCAGUUGCACAUUCUAUUUAUGGCAUACCUUCAACAAUUAAUUGUGCAAAUUAUGUAUAUUUUUUGGCAUUAAAUGAACUAUCGAAACUUAAUAAUUCAAAUGUUUUCCAUAUUUUUACAGAGGAAUUAUUAAAUUUACAUCGUGGUCAAGGAAUGGAGCUUUAUUGGAGAGAUACAUUUACAUGUCCAACAGAGGAAGAAUUUAUUGGAAUGGUUUCAAAUAAAACUGGAGGUUUAUUGCGUCUUGGGGUUAGAUUGAUGCAAGAAUUUAAUUAUGUUGAAUUAGUGAGUAUUAUCGGUAUUCAUUUCCAAAUAAGAGAUGAUUAUAUGAAUUUACAAUCUGAAAAGUAUGCCGAUAACAAAGGGUUUUGUGAAGAUUUAACUGAAGGAAAGUUUUCUUUUCCAAUUAUACAUUCACUUCAUAAAGAUCCUAACAACAGACAAUUAUUCAAUAUAUUAAAGCAACACACAACAUCAAUUGAGUUAAAGCAUCAUGCUAUUAAACUAAUGAAAGAUACAAAUUCAUUCGAGUACACAAAGAAUUAUCUGGCAAAAACUGAAAAAGAGGCAAAAGAAGAAGUUGAAAGAUUAGGCGGAAAUCCUAUGUUGGAAAAACUUAUUGAUACUUUAAGUGUUAAAAAUCAAUAG